AUGCAAGUGCCGGAGCAGGACCUGAUGAGCCCUGGCGGCGCUUCGUCGUCGCUGUUGUUCCCCACCUCCUCGCUGCCACGCGAGGGUCGGAUGAUCACCGUGCUGAGCAUCGACGGCGGCGGCGUGCGCGGGAUCAUCCCCGGCACCAUCCUCGCUUUCCUCGAACAAAAACUCCAGGAGAUUGAUGGGUCGCCGGACGCGAGGAUCGCGGAUUACUUCGACGUGGUCGCCGGAACGAGCACCGGUGGUCUGGUGGCCACCAUGCUCACCGCGCCCAACACCCAGCGCCGCCCGCUCUACGCCGCCAAGGACAUCAAUAAAUUUUACCUCGAGCACUGCCCGAAUAUCUUCCCUGCCGUCUGCAAAGGGCUGGGCUUAUUCAAGAGCAUGAUGGGACCCAAGUACAGUGGCCAGCACCUGCACUCAAUCCUGAAGAAGCAGCUCGGUGACACACGAAUCAGUCAGACACUCAAGAGCAUCGUCAUCCCCACUUUCGACAUCAAGCUCCUUCAACCUAUCAUCUUCUCAACCUACGACGCCAAGAAGGAUGUCUCCAAGGAUGCUCUUCUGUCGGAUGUCUGCAUCAGCACGUCCGCCGCUCCAACCUACCUCCCCGGGCACCAUUUCAAGACCAAGGACAAAGACGGCAAGACCCGGGCCUUUAACCUCAUCGACGGGGGUGUCGCAGCCAACAAUCCGACCCUUGUGGCGAUCACCCACGUAAGCAAGCAGAUCAUAAAGAAGAAACAGAAUCUCGGUAAGUUCAUGGUCCUCUCGCUGGGCACUGGCACCGCCAAGGUCAAAGAGAACUUCGACGCUGCCGAGUGCAGCAAGUGGGGCCUUCUCGGGUGGCUCUAUAACGGGGGCACCACGCCGAUCAUCGACAGCUUCUGCCAGGCCAGCGCCGACCUCGUCGAUAUCCAGGCAUCCGUGCUUUUCGAGGCGCUACAGUGCGACAUGCACUACUUGCGGAUCCAGGAUGAGCUCCCGGGCGAAACGGCCUCCGUGGACGUGUCCACGACAGAGAACCUCAAAAGGCUCAUUGAUGUUGGCAAGGCAUUGCUGAAGAAGCAGGCGUGCAAGGUGGACAUCGAGACAGGCAAGAACAAGGACGACCUAGAGAGGGGCACCAACGAGGAAGAACUUACCCAUUUCGCCCGCAUGUUGUCGCACGAGCGCAAAGCCAGACUUGGGGAGGCGGGUCUCAAAACUUAG